AUGGCGAAGACCCAUCACCGACGUUCGUCGUCCUCUUACACACUCUACCUCCCACCUAACCACGUUGGCGUCAUCGAACCUGGGUAUGUGGCUCGGACGUUCCAGUUUGGAACCUCGAAGUGCGCUACGCUCCUGCGCGAGGAUGUCGUCCUCCCGCCGACGCUCAACCAGCAGCAGCACCAGCAGCCUUGUACAUAUCACGCGUUUGAAAUCCGGCAUACUGGGCCCAAAGGCACAGGCCUAGGGAUGUUCGCUCGCAGCAGUGGUGGAGGUAUACCCGCCGGAGGCACCGUCCUCGUCGAGCACCCGCUCCUCGUCAUGCCGCAUCGUCGUGGCUCGUUCGCGAUCGCGUCCCUCUUGGAGAUGGUGGACCCCAAGGGAAAGACAGAGCUGAUGAAUUUGGCGAAUGCGUUUCCGCUGGAGGAGAAGCUGGGGGGGAUUGUGCGGACGAAUAGUUUGGUGGGGAUUGAGAUGGGCGGGGGGGCGGAGGAGGAGUAUCGGGGGGUGUUCCUGAAGCUUAGUAGGUGUAAUCACAGCUGCUCGCCGAACGCUCAUUGGACAUGGGACCCUGCGUCGUUCUCGCUGACGCUCGAAGCGGUCCGGCCCAUCGCGCCCCACGAAGAGAUAACGAUCCAGUACAUCGACGUGUGCGGCUCCCGCGCGCAGCGCCGAGAGGAGCUCCGGAUGUGGUUCAAUUUCGAGUGUGUGUGCCCCGCGUGCUCGCUCCCGCUCCACCGGCAGCAGCGCCAGAGUGAUUUUGCGCGGGAGGAGCUCGCGCGCCUGAUGGGGCACCUGCGUGCGGUGACGUUUGAGGAGUGGUGUGCGAGCGGGACGCUGUGGGAUGGGUAUUUGAUAAGGAUGCAUCGGCGGGCGUUGGAGAUCAGGGAACGGGAGGGGCUGGAGAUGUUGGAGGUGAGGAGGCAUGUGGAUGCGAUUGCGGUGUGUUAUGGGGCGUUGGGGGAUGUGGAGAUGUUUAGGUUGUGGGGGGGGAAGGCGAGGGAGAUGAGGGUGGGGGGAGGCGGGGAGCGUGCGGUUUUGGAUAGGUGGAUUGAGGAGCCGGGAGUGUUCCCUGUUUGGGGAUGGAGGAGGAGGGUUCUCAUGGAUUCGCACACCUUCAAUCCGUCUCUGAAAGCUGUUCUCCGUUGA